AUGGAUGCACUAUUGGCCUCUGCUGCCCACCCAUCAGAAGUUGUUGCUCUUCUCAAAUACAAGUUUGGAUCCCAAGAAAAGGUGGUUCACAAGGACUUAUCAUCCAUUCCGCCAGAAUCCAGCGACCAACACACAUGGGCCAUGUGUUACUAUUUCCUCAACAAAACCUCUCGAUCCUUUGCCAGAGUCAUUCAAGAACUGGACAAGGAGCUACAGGAUCCUAUCUGUAUUUUUUAUCUUGUCCUCCGUGGUCUAGAUACCAUUGAGGACGACAUGUCGAUUCCUCUCAAGACCAAACUUCCGCUGCUGGAGUCAUUCCAUGAGAUUAACUACAAAAAAGGAUGGACCUUUCAUGAGUGCGGUCCAACAGAAAAGGAUCGGAUCUUGUUGGAACGAUAUGAUGUUGUUAUUGAUCAGUUUUUGAAGCUGAAACCAAAAUACCAAAAGACCAUCACUGAUAUUACCAAACGGAUGGGUGCAGGCAUGGCCGACUUUGUUAGCGGCAAAAAGGUCACUACGCUAGAGGACUUUGAUCUCUAUACUCACUAUGUUGCUGGUCUGGUUGGCAUCGGCCUAACUCACCUAUUCUCUGAUUCUGGGCUAGAAAGCAAGGCACUGGAAGAACAUAUGGAUCUGGCCAACAGAAUGGGCUUGUUUCUACAAAAGGUCAAUAUUCUCAAGGACUAUUUAACCGAUAUCAAGGAUGGACGUUUGUUUUGGCCUCGCGAUGUAUGGGAACUGUAUGUCGGCAAAGACGAAGGUGUCGAGGCAUUGGCUAGACCAGAGAAUCUGCAGAAUGCUGUUGCGUGUCUGAACCACCUGUGUGCUAAUGCUUUACAUCUUGUCCCCGACUGUCUGGACUAUCUUGCUCUGUUAAAAAAUCAGUCUGUUCUUCGAUUUGCUGCAAUCCCCCAAUUGAUGGCUCUGGCUUCUUUUAGUCUGUUUUACAACAAUCCCGCCCUGUUCAAAAGCCAUGGCAACAAGAUCCGUCGAGGUCUUGCUGUAAAACUUAUUGGAAAGAGUGGAGAUUUUGAAUCCAUCAAGCAAGUUUACUUCAACUAUGCUAUCAGCACGAGCCAAACUGCACGAAUGGCUCUUGGAUCUAAUCCCGCUGAUACAAGUUUUCCAGAUAUCUCCAAUGCCUGUGCCAAUGUAAGUUGA